AAACAUUUAAAAAAUAUGUCAAUACAAGGAAACGGAUUUUGUGAGAAGGUUAAGGCGUACCCCCUAGGCGACGCGCAGGUGCAGCACCCGGCGCCUGUGGGAAAUGGACAAGGGUUGUUGCAUCACGGACGGGUGCGACGUAAGAAGCAAGUCCGGGAAGUAAGAAUGAGGAUGGUAAGCUGGAAUGUAGGAACUAUGACUGGGAAAGGAAGAGAGCUAGCGGAUGUUUUAGAAAGGAGACGUGUGAACAUUGCUUGUUUGCAAGAAACGAGAUGGAAGGGUUCAAAAGCUAGAGAAAUCGGGAUGGGUUUUAAAUUUUUUUACUGCGGGAGUGAUGGCAAAAGGAAUGGGGUUGGCGUAGUGUUAGAUAAUGAGUUGAAAAAAUGUGUGACAGAUGUAAAUAGAGUUAAUGAUCGAAUUAUAGUAGUCAAACUAAUUAUAGAAAAUGUAAUGUCCAAUAUAGUAAGUGUAUAUGCGCCUCAAACAGGUUGUGAUGAUGCGACGAAAGAGAAGUUUUGGAAUGAUUUUGACGGAGUUAUGAUAGCUAUCCCCAAUAAUGAAAAGGUCUAUAUAGGGGGAGAUUUUAAUGGUCAUGUAGGAAGACUCAAUGAAAGUUAUGAGAGAGUACAUGGAGGUCGGGGCUUUGGAAACCGUAAUCGGGAGGGAGAAAACCUGCUGCAGGGAGCCACGGCUUUUGAUCUGGCAGUAGUUAAUACAUUCUUUGAAAAACAGGAUCAACAUUUGAUAACAUAUAAAAGUGGGAAUCAUAAUACACAAAUUGAC